UUUUCAUUACUACAUCUCGUCCGAGACGAAGUCCGAAUGCGUGGGGUCGUUGAGCGGCAUGGAGUGCAUGUAUACAUAUAUCGUCCAGGCCCAGAACGACACAAACUUCCUUAGAGGUCGAUAGACUCCAACACCACGACCUGGUGGCCAAUCAAUUUUCUUUGCGUUAUUUUCGCCUUGUCGGGUCUGACGUGACCAACAAGACACCCGAGUAGUCCUGGUCAACUGCCACGAGCUGUCCCUGCAGAACUUUCCAAGCAGUGGGAUGAGCAUACCGACAUCUGGAAAAUGUCUUCCAUGCCCACCACCAAGCUCAGGGUCCCUGGACGGAGGAGGCUCUGAGCACGCCGAGAAGAAAUCUAGUGGAGUCGCCACUCCGAUAGAAGCUGAUACAGAAAAAUCGCCCAUCGGAUCGUCUACGCCACCGUCGCGAAAUGGCGAUGAGCGGAUUGAAGUCACCUACCCUGAGGGCGGCUUGCAGGCUUGGUUGGUCGUGUUCGGCUCCUUCUGUGGCCUGUUCACCAUCUCCGGUAUCCUGAAUGCCAUCGGUGUCUAUCAAGCGUAUCUCCUGGAGCAUCAACUUUCCAAUUAUUCCGAGAGCGAUGUGGGAUGGAUCGUGAGUCUCUACGUCUUCCUCUCGUUCGGCGCCGGAGUCCAGAUUGGUCCAGUGUUCGACGCUCAUGGUCCGCGGCUCUUGCUCACUGGUGGAGCCGUCCUUACCUUGCUCUGCCUGUUCCUCCUGGGGAGCUGUACGCAGUACUGGCACUUCAUCAUAGUGUUGGGCGUGAUUGGAGGCUUUGGAACGGCGCUGAUCUUCACACCAACGAUUGCUGCGAUCGGUCACUAUUUUAAUAAGAAACGCGGCACUGCUACUGGCAUCGCGUCAUGUGGCGGUGCUCUGGGAGGUAUUGUGUUCCCAUUGGUGCAACAGGCACUUUUCUCCAAAGUUGGCUGGGCGUGGACGACGCGGAUUCAGGGCUUCAUCAGUCUGGUGCUGUUCGUCAUCUGCAUCGCACUGGUACGCUCUAGGCUGCCCAAAGUCCCCGGCAAAAGCGUCAAGAUCGACUUCUUCAUCCUCGGUCGACUGAACUUCUUCCUCGUCACGGUCGGCACAUACUUCCUGGAAUGGGGCCUCUUCGUCCCCAUCUCGUACCUCACCAUCUACUCUCUCAAUUCAGGAGCCAUGAGCUCAGCAUUCGCCUACCAAAUCAUUGCCAUCUUCAACGCAGGCUCGGUGUUGGGCCGCUGGGCCCCUGGUGUCAUUGCCGAUUAUGCAGGCCGCUUCAACACCAUGAUCGUCGCUACGAUCCUCUGCGUAGGAUCGACAGUUGCGCUGUGGCUCCCUGCAACGAUCCUUUCCACAUUGCCCGACGUGGCGGAGGGAGCCCAUCAAAGCGCGAUUUUCGGUCUGACGGUGACAUACGCCGUUGUAAUGGGUUUCGCAUCUGGCUCGAACAUCAGUUUGACGCCCGUCUGUGUUGGCAUGCAGUGCGACACUGAAGACUACGGCCGGUACUAUGCGACUUGCUAUUUGAUCGUCGCCUUUGGAACGCUCACAGGCGUCCCAAUCGCAGGAGCAUUGGUCACGGCAUGUAAUGACCAGUACUGGGGUGUGGUCAUAUUCACGGCGCUAUGUUACGCCUUUGCUUUGGCAGCAUUUACUGCAGUCAGAGUAAGGGAGGUAGGCUGGAAACUUACCGCGAUGUAUUAGGCCAGAUUCGAAUCUAUUCCAUUUGAUGAAUGUCACAUCACGCAUUGCAAUAGACGAAGUGGUCACGAUGAUUAGCUUUGUCAUGUGUCCACAAUCAAACAAUAAAGGCAUUAAAUUUGAAAGUAUUAUUAUCAAGAACAGUACAAUCA